AUGAAGCUUCUCACAGGCCUGGUGUUUUGCUCUUUGGUCCUGGCAGUCAGUGGUGGGGUGUUUUCAUUCGUGAGGGAAGCUGCUCAAGGAAGUUGGGACAUGUGGAGAGCCUACCAGGACAUGAAAGAAGCAAAUUUCAUAGGUGCAGACAAAUACUUCCAUGCCCGAGGGAACUAUGACGCUGCCCGAAGGGGACCUGGGGGUGCCUGGGCUGCUGAAGUGAUCAGUGAUGCCAGAGAGAACAUUCAGGAAUUUUUUGGCCGAGGACAUGAGGACUCCCAGGCAGACCAGGAAGCCAACAGAGCGGGCAGGAGAGGAGAAGACCCUAAUAAAUACAGACCUAAAGGGCUGCCUGGUAAAUACUGA